AUGGCCGCAAGCUCCAAGGUGCAGUCUCGGGACAGAGCAUAUGAACGGCUUGAGCGUAAGCUAAAGAGCAGCAGCAAGCUCGAAUCCACAACUCUCUCUCCAAGACUAGCAAAGGAAGACGGUAAACGGAGCUUCUGUCGGCACCGUCAGCAGGAAUCAUCUACAGAACCGCACACUUGGGGUCUGCAUUGCGCGCGCCUGAAAAAUGUAAGCUUUACCCGUGUAUUGAACGGGAACAAACGCGUGAGGGGAUGCGCUACAACUCAACUACCGCCAUAUCGGUGUCAGUAUGUCGAUCACGGAGAGGGUUCCCAUGCCUGCUGCCGCCAAUUUCCCUGCAUCCUGCAGCUGCACACAAUGCUCUUUCUUAGGGGUUGGUGGAGGACUUUUCUUUGGAGGCACGCACUGAACUAUGCAUAUCUCAUAGUAAUAGCUGCUGCUGUUACUUCUUUUGCGUGGCUCCCCACUGUAAGCAGUGCAGGUGCAGAAGCCACCUCAGAAGUGCAGCAAUCUGCGAGCAACGCACCGCUUUUCGCAGAGCUUCUUUGCCAUGAUGACGGCGCCACUUUUGUGGCGACUCGAGUAAAAGCCGAGUUGGAAGCUGGAACGGCGGUUUCAGAUAUUCUUCCUGUCGCCGUUGAGGCGGCCGAACAAAUGUCAUGGGGCGAAUGUUCUCGUCUGUGCAACGGGGGAGUUCAAACAGCCGACGCAGAUCUGGCACGAAAGUUUGCUGUUGAUGGGUUGCGAAGUGCUUUGUCUGAAAGAAAUGAAUGGUCUGACUCCUACGUUGACAUGGUGGGGGAACGGAUUGCCAACGCUGCACUUGCUGGUGAUUCGUCGAAGGGGCAGAUGAAGACUCGCUCCUGCAACACCUUCCCGUGCCCUUUUGAAGUGCCAACGGAAUUAAAAGCUGCUAAUUUGCAAAUUGCGCGGGAGCCUGAGGUGGUGGCUGCCUUUGGAGUUAUUCCCCAAGUAGAUUUUACUGAAGAGUGCAAGGGUCGGCUCAAACUGGAUGAGAUUGACCAGCGUGUUUGGGCUGAGAGGCGCACAGAACAGUUACAGUAUCAAGAGAUACAAGAGCGAGCUGGGGCGCUCCCAGGCUGGGAAGCCACUGUCCUGUCUCCGGAGCAUCUUAGUCUGUACAGUUGCAUUAGUUUAUGUCGGCUCCACCAUCGUUGCAGUGCAGUGAUUUAUUCUGAAGAUAUUGGCGCCCUGACAGCAGGAGAAAAUGAAAGUUCCGCCAGCUGCUCUGACACUGAUGCAGUGGCUACUCUUCAGUGCGCAUUAGCAAACGGCCGUUCUCUCUUGAACCGUCUUGAAGAGAGCAUUUGGGGAAUUUCCAAACCUCGUGCAGGCUCAGACCCAUUGCCUCCGCAGAAUCGAAAUCCGGUGUGCAGUUUAUAUGCUCGUGUAAAAGUAUCACGUGUGGCUGAAUGUGCAACUCAGCCGACGACAAAGGAAGGGAUGGGCAAGUUGACGCUUUUGGUGGUUGAUCUCGGCAUGGACUUCGCGAAUGCUGCUCGUGGCAUGCGCUCCACCAUGGCCCUGCAGGUAGUCAGGUACAGGGAUGCUAUACGCACUGCUAGUUCCAUUCUAGAAAGGGCUCUCAGUGGCUCCGUAGUGGUUUCCAACAUCCAGCAGAGGGCCAAGGAGUCACUAUCGCGGGUGCAGAAGGCUCGGAAACGCGCAUCUGUGGCCAUUCACGUCCUCUCUGAGGCCGUCAGGGUGGUAGAGGAAGCUGCUUUGCAUGCUUCCGGAGUCUUGAAGUCCUUGCAGCCUGAUGAGCAUGCUGCAGCACAGAUGUCUGGAGCCGGUGCCGAGGGUUCAGGAUCUUCAGUGCGUAUGACCGGUAGUCUCCAAGGAACACUUCACUCAGCAGCUCCUCUCAGCACGUCUUGCCCAAUGUUUCCAGGCGUUGAGUUGCUUAACCGUGGCUGCGUGCAGCUCCCCGCGUUGCAGACACGCACUUCAACCAAAGACCAGUUUUCUUCAGACUCAGUGCCAGCCACGACACACCAGAUAUCAGAGGAGGUUAUUCCCAUGAAUUGGCAGAUGUGCCAGGUUUUACUAAAUGACGUGAAUCGGCUCCUGAAGCAGUACCGUGAUGUCAUUUCCCAACUGAAAAAAACAGAUGCAGAUGCGGCAGGUGCCGAAAAGCAAGCAAAGAAACUGUUGUCCCGCAUCUUGGGACUGAAUAAUGAAGAAACAGCGAGGCUUUCUUCAGCUGAUGUCUCCGAUCCAGUGGGGGAAGGCGCUGGUGCCAUGAGCAGGGAAGAUGCUGCAUUUUUAGAACAGACCUACACCCGUAAAUCUCGGGAAGAGAUUGUCGAACGUCUGGGUGAAGGGGAGGGCUCUAUUUUUGCUGUGUUCAACACAGCCAAGCAAAUUUGCGAAAUAAGAGCUGUUUUCGAGCCACGUUUCACUCAAAACGGUGAAACGCUUGGUGCGCAGUUUCCGUCUGCGUGUGCUUCUUUCAGUCCCUUUUCAUUGAUGUUCUUGCCCUAUGAUGGAGACAGUUCGGCAGUGAAUAAUAUCAAUAGGCAAGAUGCAGAGAAGGCCAGUAGCGACACAGGCAGGUGCCCUGAUAUAUCGUGCACAUACUCUUCCUGGACUUCGUGGUCACCGUGCGAUGAUGCGCAUUAUGCUGGAGCUGAAACUAUUGGUGGGAGCGGGGAACCAGGUGAGCCUGAGUCCCAGAGCUCUGUGCUUGUCCGACAAGCAACCUGGCAAGUCCGUGUCAAAGAGGCUCUGUUGCGCCCAAAGGCAACUCUUCGGUGUGCGAAUUUUCUGGAAACACGUCUCUGCAGAGGCAAAGCCAUUGCAGAGACGGGAUCAACUGGACUGAUGGGGGACUUUGCCAAUGCUGUUUCUAAGUCAAUUUCAAAUUGGUGUGAGUACAGCCCGUAUUCGCUUUGGAGUGACUGCACGCCGCAUUGCAUCCCUCGCGAUAACCCAGAGGCGGUGGCGUACCAGAUUAGCUCGCGCACUGUCCAUCAGUACACAGUGCCGGGCCUGGCUGCUCGCUGUGACUUAGGGUCACUAGAGGCUCGGAAAGUAUGUUCGAAGGUUCCCGUAUGUCCACAUGACGAAGGUGACGCAGAAGGAGCCGAUGGUGCGAAUGGCGGCUCUGAAGCAGAAUUAGACACAAUGACGAGCUCUGCUGCAGCUAUUCGCGCGCAUUCCUUUGCGCGCGCACCGGUUAAUGGAGAGCCACCGGAAUCGUGGAUGUUUUCCAGGAUACGCACCGUAGGGCCACAAAAUGUGAAGGCACCGGAAAUAUCACGUGGCACUUCAUCAGAGAAGCAGGCUCAGGAAUCCAGUCAAAGUUUUAUGGAGAGCGUGGACUCUACUCACGAAUAUUCAGUGGGAGCAGUGGCGGAGGAGCAAUUGCCGGAAGAGUCAGAUUCGCCUUUGUCAGAGCAACGAAUGCAAGAUUCUACUGCUGGUGAAGAGGCUGAUACCAGUGCUUCGAUUCAUCCUGAACUUCUUAAACCAGAAGAUAAGGUUACAGCCGACCAAAGCGUUCCGCAUAACAAUUCUUUCAUUCCUCCAGCCGAUAGCUCCCCUCCUUUCGAGCAUUCAGAUGGUGCACAACCAACUAUACCGUACGACUCACCUUUUGCCGAGAGCACAGAAAUUCUUCCUGAAAACAGUGGUGGCUCUGAUUUGGCCACACGAGCCGAAGCAGCUGUAGGGAACACUACUGAGCCUGGUCAGCAAGCUUCUCAGAGUGACGAAGAAGAACCAGAAGAAGAGCCAAGGCGUUGCUUUCUUGGUCUGUCUUGCUUGAGCUUUGUGUUGUGUUGCCUACUCGGUGCAUUGUCUUGUACAACGAUAGUGCUGCUAACGGUUGUUUGCAGCUCUAAAGUUCGGUCGUGGCUAGGAUAUCACUGGUCUGGAGCGACUGACGAAGAGCGUAAGGCACUUUUGCAGAAAGCCGCUGACUCCCAGGGUGUAUCAGUCAUUGCUCCCCUCAUCAACCCCGAUGGGGUCAAAGUGUUGACUCCUGAGGGGUCCCCUCUACUUGUGUUUCCGUGUAAGGAAGAUUCGGGGGCACAGUAUCUAACUGCAGAUGGGUCAAAAGUUUUUGUGACCAUGAAUGGAGACUUCGUCAAUGACUGGGGUGUGAUUCUAAAGGUCAAUGAACUACCAAAAGGCCUGCGCGAAAAGGCAAGCGUUGCCAUCUCCAAGGAUUACCAUCCAUCUGUACCAGCAGCAGUAUCGGUAAAAGCCCGAGAAUCCGCACCUUCUGGAUUGGCGAAAAGUGCUCCAAAAAGUUCACUGGCUGUGCCACUGACACAAGCAAAGUCGAAGGCCCAAGAGCUGCCCAAGGUUUCCAGCGUCUCCCCAAAGGACCUUCAGCCCUUGCCCUUGCCUAAGCAGGCCCCAGCAGGACCUGACAUCACGUUAGCGCCAAUCACAGACCCUAGAAAGCCAGGCAUGCCGUCCAGAAAGCCUUCAUCCAUUUUGUAG